AUGGAUGAUCACGUCGCAAGACAUGCAGUCCCGGAGGAGGCACCAGUAAGGACGUUGGGAAAUGUCCGUCUGAGGGACGAGGCUACGAACGAGAUCAUCUUAAUCCCCAAACCUUCCACAGACCCAAAUGACCCUUUAAACUGGCCACAAUGGUACAAAUACUACAUGGCGGGGUUGAUCUGCGUGGCCAUGAUGAUGUGCAAUUUUCUUGCAGCGGGCCCGUCGAUAGCUCUUCUGGAGACGGCGCUGGAGUUCUAUCCGGCUGCGGCUACGGAUAAUGCGGUUCUGUCGUACUCCAUCUCCCAGACGGCGUACUUCUUCACGACAACCGCGCUGCUUCAGGGGGUUGGCAACUUCUUCUGGGUGCCCAUGGCCAACAAGUUUGGCCGGCGCCCAGUCUACGUUGCCAGCUACACGAUCUACUUUGUUUGCACGAUAUGGCUCAUCUUUGAACACUCGUACGCCGGCUUUCUUGCUGGGCGGAUCUUGAUGGGUUUCGGUGCUGGUGCAGCAGAAACCAUUGCCCCUAUUUCCAUCGCUGAUGUCUUCUUUCUGCACGAAAGAGGGACCAUCAUGGCCUUGUAUACCUCUUUCCUCUCCGCAGGAGUUGGGUUUGGACUGGUGAUUUCAGGUCUCAUCACCAUCAACCAUGACUGGAGAGUGAUUUACGAGGUUUCUGCGGCCUUAAUCGGCGUCGUUCUCGCGCUUGCGUUCUUCACCUUCCCCGAGACGGCCUACGAGCGAGACGAGGCGAGCAACUGGAACCGAAUGGCAUCCAUCGACGCCAACAAGCCUGGUUCGGUGGGCUCAGAGAGCGAACUCGCUCCCCGCUACGCAGAAAACGCUCUCCCACGCUCGAGAAAGAACUCUUACCUGUCGUCUCUGAAAAUCUUCCACAAAACUUUGACGCGAGAGAGCCUGCUGAAGCUGUCUCUCCGACCUCUGGGUCUGAUCAUCCUCCCGCCUGUGCUGUGGGCGGCGUUGGUGCAAGCCGUGACUGUUGGUUUCCUCGUCGCCGUGUCUUCGAAUAUCGCUUCUGCCUUCAACACCGCCUACGGAUUCGAUGCUUGGCAGAUCGGGCUGUGUUUCAUCGCCGGCAUCAUUGGGGCCGCGGCCGGUAUCCCAGCGGGUGGGCACCUUGGGGACAAGGUGGCCGACUGGUUCACGUUACGCAACGGCGGCAUCAGGGAUCCGGAAAUGCGGCUUCCUGCCAUGGUCAUCUCCAUGAUAUCGACGCCUCUGGCCCUUAUCCUGUACGGGGUCGGGAUCGCGAACCAGCUGCACUGGAUCUGUCCGACCAUUGGCCUGGGACUCUUGACGUUUUCCAUUUCCCAGGGCACCAACAUCGCAACUGUGUAUGUCAUUGAUGCGUACCGACCUAUAACCGGGGAGGUGACGCUGUCGGUAAUGGGGUUCAAGUCACUUUUCGGCUUCCUGUUGUCCUUCUACACAAACACAUGGAUCGAGCAGGCCGGGUACGUGAAUGCGUUCGGGGCGAUGGCGGGAAUCGCGACUGCCGUCCUGAUCAUGUGGGUGCCGAUGUUCGUAUGGGGGAAGGCAAUACGACAUGAGUCGUGGAAAUGGCGGAUCGUCUCGUAUAUCCAUUGGAGCGAGGACAGGGAGGUCGGAGAGUGA